GCUGAGUGGAAACAUCAUGUGUCUGUGGGACGCCAGGAGGAACAGCCCUGUUUCUCCACACUGAGGCCAGAUUUAAGGACGGACUGAGGGAGAAAAGAAGCUGGAAUGACCUUGGAUUAGGAGUAAAUUAUCAAGGGGAGAAUAGAACUAAAGGCGCAGAAGCUUGAGCAUUUUUAAGGAUCUGUAUGGUAAUUAAAUCUCACCACCUCAAACCUUGUUAUUCCAUUGUAACCAAGGGGAACACCCGUGUUUCUCCACUCUUGGAUUUGAAGAUUGUUCUUGCAUUUGGAGUAGACUAUCUAGCAGAAACAAGGAACCAAUACACAAAGUACCCAGUUCAUUUGGAAGGAUAUAUUCUGGGAUUUUAUCCCAAAUCAAACCUGGAUAUGCAAUGCUGGCCCAGAAGAACGGGCUCCCUCCGGGCUGUAAACCGGUCCCUCUGAAGGAUCGACCGGACUUGCGGGAUGUGGACGUGACCGCAGAAGGGUGUUGCUCCCUCUCUCCCUCCCCAUCAUCAGGAGGUUGUCCCUGGGCUCGGCUGGCUGGCGUGGACGGCUGCCUGUCGGAGCCGUACUGUCUUUGGUUCCAGCUUUUAGCCCGAGCUUACUGGGGAGAGGUGGAACUGGGGCUGACAAGUCCCAACCGUAGCGUGUCCUGGGCUCGGCUCAGGGAAGCUUCCAGGAGGAAUUGUGUCCGAUCCAGGGCCAAGCAGAAGGAUGGGUUGGAUCAGAGUGAGGCAUCAGCUCUGGCCUCUCCUGGGGCUGAGGAGGAGCCUUUCUCCUGGCCGGGGCCGAAGACGCUUCACUUGCGCCGGACCUCACAAGGCUUCGGAUUCACACUGCGACACUUUAUCGUCUACCCGCCUGAGUCUGCCGUCCACAACUCUCUGAAGGAUGAAGAGAAUGGCAGCCGUGGGAGACAGAGGAAUCGUCUGGAGCCAAUGGACACCAUAUUCGUCAAGCAAGUGAAGGAGGGAGGCCCCGCCCAUGGAGCUGGACUCUGUACAGGGGACCGGAUAGUGAAGGUGAAUGGAGAGAGCAUCAUCGGAAAGACCUACUCACAAGUCAUAGCCUUGAUCCAGAACAGCGAUGCCUCACUGGAACUCUGUGUGAUGCCAAAGGAUGAGGACAUUUUGCAGCUGUUUUCAAGAGAUAUCACUGCUCUGGCGUAUUCCCAGGAUGCAUACCUCAAAGGAAAUGAGGCAUACAGCGGAAAUGCCCAAAACAUCCCAGAGCCCCCUCCUAUAUGCUACCCACGGAUAGAAGUGAAGGCUGCGGGCAUGGCUCAAGCGUCAGAGCCUGCCACCGUAAGUGAGACCCCCAGAGAGCCGGCUCAGGGACCAGAAAGACGAGGAACGGCCACAGAAAAGAGCUACAGGGUGGAAAUCCCUGUUCCGCCAUCCCCUCCACCCCAACAGACGACAAAGUCUCAGACGGUGGUUUGUGUCUGCAAUGAGAAUGUCAGGACAGUUGCCAUGCCUCCUGAUCCAGUAGAUAGGGGGUCCCGGGUGGCUCGGAUUGGUCCCAGCCAUAGGACAGAAGAAAACCGGUACAGUCCAACAGCUGAUUCCGGCUCAGCUAGACCCAGGCCACUUAUUCCCUCAAUACCUGGGGGUGCACAGUUGCAGUACCCAUCUUCCCGUCAGACAGUAUCCCCAGUCUACUCGCCUUCCUCAAGUUCUCGACCUAGCCCAAUCUAUCCCGACACCUUUUCUCCAUCUGUACGAGCACCUCUUACCCUUGCCUCACCAGACACAUUCUCUGCUGCCAUUUCACAAAGCGCCAACGUCUACUCACCCUCUCCAACAGCACCAUCAACAUCUCCUCACCAGAACAUUGACUGGAAGAACUACACCACCUAUAAGGACUAUAUCGACUCAAAGAGGCUGCACACAUAUGGCUGCCGCACAAUCCAGGAGCGCUUGGACAGCUUGCGUGCAGCUGCCAAUUCCACAUCAGCUUAUGCCCAGCAACGUCAACCCCCUCCCCCAAGCACAAGUCAAAGAGGGGUGCCAGUCUUCCAGGGCAGACGAAGAAGCACCUCCAAUGACCGUGGGGUGGAUGCUAGUAUCCACGGUUCUGCAUUGACCCCAUUACGUAGUGCCUCCCAAGAGAGGCUUGGGGGUGGAACAGAGAGGACAAUACCAAUCAGGAAUUGGCCUCGAAGUGCGUCAGAAGAUGCUCUGCCUUUCUCGAGCCCCACAGCAGUCACCAAAGCUCGGGCCCGGUCUUGUGACUACCUGGGGCAUAGACCUGGAGAGCCAGGUGGGGCGUUCUUUGAAGAAAGAGCAAGGUUGGAGGACAUGCCGCUAACUUGCCAGAUUGAGGAAGCCAGUAGUAGCAGGCCAGGAGCAGGUCUGAGAGUUUUACCUCACCUGAACAGGAGUCUCAGUGGCCAGGAACCAGAGGUUCGAAGAAGUGGAUUAUCUAACUCUGCUUUAGCUGCUCCUGUGUUUACUAAAGGUACGGCAGAUUCUGUUCUACCAUCAAGGACAGACAGUGUAAUUUUGAGACCAUCACGUUUGCCUGUCAAGAACUCCAUCUCAGACCUCUCGUCUGCCUUAUCGUCCACCAAAACCAAGGACCCUCCUAAAGACCAAAGAGCUAACAUCAUGGGCAACCACCUGGGCUACUCAUCCCCUCUGCACCUUCAGUUCAGAAGCAGGGCUGACAGUCUGAAAAUGGAGAGCAGGUCUGAGGCUGGGUUGGCAGCCCGAUCUUCCUCUUGCUCUGGUCCUUCUUCUAAACUGCCCAUUCAGAGACAACUACAAGGUGUAGCUGUUGCCUCUUCUUCUGGUUCCACCACUACCAAUGGAGCUGUGACCCAAAAGCCAAAAGCAAAUGUACGGACUAACGGUGGUCUUUCAGAGGGUGUAGAAGGACUAGAUGCAACAGUUGUUGUCCUAAGAAGAGACAAAAACUCUGGAACUCCUCACAUCCGACCUCCGUCCUACGUGCUAGCUGUUAAUGACAACCAUAGAGCAGUGACGCAUAAGUCUCCACCAUUGGUGAAGGCAGGCUCUGCAGAUGCAGCGAUGUGCUGGAUGUCUAAUGACAUGCAUCAAAGAAGGCUUGGAGACACACGACAUAAGUCAGGCUCCAACAACCUUGAUGACUCCCUGGAUUCAAUACCCUUCAUAGAUGAACCAUCGAGUCCCAGUAUUGAACUGGACAGCUCCCUCAUACCUGCCUGUUCUGUGAUAUCUGGAGCACCCAUCAUCACAACCAUCCCACCCAGCCCCACCUCGCCGUCGCCUUUCAUUCGACGGCAGCUGUCGCACGACCAAGAUUCUCUCCGUCUCACAAUUAUCGAGUCAGACUCUGGUACGAAAUCUGAGCGGUCCAAGUCGUAUGAUGAAGGCCUGGAUAACUACCGGGAAGAAAGCAGAGGGAGGUCCUUAAUACCUGGUCUGAAAAGUCUCAGGAAGGUGAGUCUAUUCCACAAUAUUUUAUCAGACAGUUCUGUUUGUUCUGUGCCAGCUGUGCUCACAUGCCACGAAGAACAGCUGAAUACAGACAAGGGCAAGCGUGUCGGAGGGGGGAUGCGUCCGUGGAAACAGAUGUACGCCGUGUUGAGAGGCCACUACCUCUGCCUGUAUAAAGACAAAAAGGAGGGGCAGGCUCACGCCAACUGCCAAGCAGUAGACGAGCCCGUGUCGAUCAGCAUCAAGGCCUGUCUGAUCGACAUCUCGUACAGCGACACCAAGCGUAAGAACGUGCUGCGGCUGACGACGUCCGACUGUGAGUACCUGUUUCAAGCAGAGGACCGGGAGGACAUGCUGGCCUGGAUCAGAGUCAUACAGGAGAACAGCAACCUGGAUGAGGAGAACGCGGCCUUCACCAGCCAUGACCUCAUCAGCAGGAAGAUCAAGGAGUACAACACCUUGAUGAGCCCGACCGGCAGCAAGACGGAGCCGUCACCCCGAACCUCACGUCAGUCUCUGAGCAUCAGACAGACGCUGCUGGGAGGGAAAGGAGAGACCAAAGCGACAAGUCCACACUCACCCAAACAAGCCGAGCAGGAGAGAAAGAACAUGCACAAAGAUGACACCAGCCCUCCCAAGGAUAAAGGGACGUGGAGGAAGGGCAUCCCGGGGCUGAUGAGGAAGCCUUUUGAGAAGAAGCCGUCUCCUGGAGUCACGUUUGGAGUGAGGCUGGACGACUGUCCUCCUGCACAGUCAAACAAGUUUGUGCCUCUGAUCGUGGAGGUCUGCUGUAAUCUGGUGGAGGAGAGGGGGCUGGAGUACACGGGCAUCUACAGAGUCCCAGGAAACAAUGCUGCAAUCUCCAACAUGCAGGAGGAGCUCAAUAACAAGGGCAUGAACGAUAUCGAUGUCCAGGACGAUAAAUGGAGGGACCUCAAUGUGAUCAGCAGUUUACUCAAAUCCUUCUUCCGUAAACUUCCAGAGCCGUUAUUCACCAAUGAUAGGUACGCAGAUUUUAUCGAGGCCAACAGAACAGAGGACCCAGUGGAGAGACUCAAAGUGCUCAAGAGAAUGCUUCAUGAGUUGCCGGAUCAUCAUUAUGAGACUCUGAAGUUUCUCUCAUGCCAUUUGAAAACUGUGGCUGAUAACUCGGAGAAGAAUAAGAUGGAGCCGAGGAAUCUGGCCAUCGUGUUUGGUCCGACGCUGGUGCGAACCACAGAGGACAACAUGACCCACAUGGUGACACACAUGCCGGAUCAGUACAGGAUAGUUGAGGCCCUAAUCCAAAAUUACGACUGGUUCUUCACUGAAGAUGGAGACAGAGAUCCAGUGACUGCGUCGCAUGAUGAGAGCGCGGUGGAGUCGCAGCCCGUCCCCAACAUAGACCACCUGCUCACUAACAUCGGCCGUACGGGCACGUCGCAGGGUGAAGUAUCAGAUUCACCAACCAGUGACUCAGCUAAAUCAAAGGGUUCCUGGGGCUCAGGGAAGGACCAGUGCAGCCGCGAGCUCCUGGUCUCCUCCAUCUUUGCUGCAGCCAGCCGCAAAAGAAAGAAGUCAAAGGAGAAGCCGCUGCCUAGCAGCUCAGACGACGAUCUGGACGCCGUGUUCCCCAAGAAGGAAAUCCCCGUUCAGAAGCCGAACCACCACGGCCUCCAGACUGAGGCGCAGAGCGAGACUCGAUUGAGCCCCAACGCAAAACCCAACGCCAAGCAGCCGGCGCGAGCAGAGGAGAGGAAGGAGAAUGGGAGGACUGUGGAGCUCACACCUAAAGCCAAGAGAGAGCAUAGGAACUCUUUAUUCCUGAAGGAUAAAACUCCACCCAGGCACCCUUCACCCUCGCCCUCCCCGUCCCCGAUCAUCUCCAGCUACCAAGCAGCUCCUCAGGGGAAGUCCUCUCUGUCAGAUCCCCCCUCCCUGCUGGAUGAGAACACCUCAGACCUCGGCACCAUGAGCUCCGGAGCGUCCGUCCCGAGGUCGAGACCCAAAAAGUGGACAGCAGGAACGUCCCUCGAGCUUCCUGCAGGAGCGAUUGCCGCGAUCGGAUCUGCUGCAGGCCCAGGAGCGUCUGCAGGUGCAGAGGUGAGCUCCAUCACCUCAGACUACUCCACAACAUCCUCCAUCACUUUCCUCACCGGAGCGGAGUCCAGCGCUCUCAGCCCGGAGCUGCAAGGAGGGGAGGAGGCGGACGAUGAACGCAGUGAGCUGAUAAGCGAGGGACGACCCAUGGAGACAGACAGUGAGAGCGACUUCCCUGUUUUUGCGCCCGGUGGAGGCAGCAGUCAGUCUACGCCCUGCCCGGAUCAGAGUAUGGAGAAAACUGAACCAAGAGGAUCAGCUGAGGGGAGCGCCACACCAAAAAUGGAAGCACGGCGCCUCUUCCCGUCGCACAGAAUGAUCGAGUGUGACACCCUCUCCAGACGGUGGUCCCUGAGGCAGAAAACAGACAGUGAAUCAUCAGUAGAGGGCGUGUCUGGGAGUACAGAGCGCAGCGAGGGAAGAGCAGAGUCUUCCACGCGGCUCUCAAGAGUCCUGGAGGUGAUGAAAAAAGGGCGGUCCACAAGCAGCCUUAGCUCGUCCUCACGCAGCGAAUCAGAGCGUCCCGAACCGGCCUGGCACCUUAAGAUCACCGAGCGACUAAAGUUCAGGAUCCGGACAUCAGCCGACGACAUGUUCGCGCAGAAGACCCGGACUCAAGAAGCCCGAGCGAAGAAGAAGAACAUCCGACGGCGGCACACCAUGGGAGGGCAGAGGGACUUCGCAGAGCUGGCGGUCAUCAACGACUGGAGAGAGCAAGGCGGCGUGGACCAGGCGGCCGAGCUGUCGCCUCAGGAUCGCCUCAAGCCCAGAUGUUCCUCUCAGGACUUCUCCAUCAGAGGCUGGAUCUCCAGGGAUCGCCACAGAGGCUCGGAUUCAAGCGGCGAGGUCGCACCGAGAGCCGUCCCCGAGGACGACCAUCCGGACGCACGCGACAGAGCGGAAGAAAGACCGCCCCCCUCUGCGUCUCCGGGCGCUCAGCCGCUCACAGGGGAGCAGGUCAACGGCGGCGGGCUGCAAGGCAAAAACAAAACCAACCUGACGCCGGACGCUCACCCACACAAACUGUCUGGAGCUCAAGUGGUCCGCUCGCGGUUCUACCAGUAUCUGUGAAAGUGAAACAGUGGUUUUAUCUGGAGGAUGAAUGCGUUAAAUGUACGAAUGUGUGUAUUUUAGCCGAGGUUACUGCACAAUAUUUUUUCUACAAAGUAUACUUUAUGUAUCUACUGUACAUACUGUGUAUAGGCUUCUUUGAUUGUUACUGGAAUAAUUCUACAGAGAUGUUUUAUGUGUGUGAUUCCUCUGAAUUGUCGGCCAUACUGGAACAGACGAUGGAAAAAAAACAAAAAACUCAAGACUUCCUCCUGCAAAAAUGCAAAAAGACAUUUCAUGUGGACUCUUGUUACUCAGCACUAAUGAAAAAGAUUCAACUCGACUAUUACUGAAGAAAGCAUAGGGAAGCCUAUUUUUUAAGGAAUGAUGCUUCAGUUCUUCCUCUUAUAAGCAUUAUGAAGAAUGUAAUCUCUCUUUGGACUAACACUAGUUGCUCAUGACAAUAUUUUUUUGUCAUUUUCAAGACGACAUGUAUGUUUUUGAUUUGCCUGUACUUGAAGCGUGUGGAUGUAACUGAGGGCUGCUUUCUGAGCUGCGUGCUGUGGGAAGGUUUUUUUUUUUGGUUUUUUUUCACAGCACACUCAAAUCAGCCAGAUAUUAGCUGGAAGGACCGGAGGAUUAUGAUAGUUUUAUCAAAUAAAGACUGAAAAAAAAACAGUCAUGAAAUGCUGAUACUAGAGUAUGUAAUGCUUGGUACAGUGCUUUUAAUUUCUGAACUUUGUCCAGUUAUACUUCAAAAAUAAGUUUUACAUGUGUGUGAAUUGUUUUUAUCUCAAAAAGUGCCUCUUUUUUUCUUUUUUAAACUGUUUUUACCAACAGUUGUGAAGACAAGAAGAAUUUUUAAAACAUUUACGGUGGUCUAAAAAAAAAAAAAAAAAACUCACAGGCAUUCCAGAGAUUUUCCUUUUUUUUCUGUUUUUUUUCUGUUUUUAGUCAAACUCACAGCAACAUCAAAGUGUUCAAAUGUACGUCCAUGUUUUUUUUUUUCGUAGUUUUACUUUCUCCUCUCUGUAUGUUUCCAAGUGCAGUCAAAUGCAUGGGCGCUAAAACAAAACCUGGGAGAAAGCGACGACAGACUUUGAAAUCUUUGAAACUGCAUGAGAUGACGUUUUUCUGAACAGUGAACAUCUCGCCCUCCCUCAACAAACACUGGAAAUAAAUCAUCUUUAUUAGA